UAUUGCAAAACAUAGUGUAGUGUAGGUGUAUGUGUCUGUAUUAUAAAGCCACGCAUUUUGGUAAACGGCAUUGUUAGUGCUACUGUCGUCAUAAUCAUGAAGUUUAGACAUCCUGGAAUGUUAAUGUUCCUUCUGUGCCUAAAAUUUGCAAAUGCUAUUACACCCGAUGUAUAUUGGUCAAUGAACAAACUAGUUCAUAAUACUACAGUUCAAUUACCACCUGAUAUAGGAAAUCCUAAUGUAUUUACUGGUGUCGCGUCCCAAAAUGAUUCAGUAUUGGUGGAUGGGAUCAUAGAUAAAGCAAUCAUUAUACGCCGAGGUUUUGAAUUCCCAGAAGUAAGAAACAGUCCUAAUGCGGAUUGCUUUAAAGACCCAUUGGAGUGCACAGGUGGUUUAAGUUUUGCUGUGUGGGCGAAUUUUCUGUCAGUUCCAUCAUACGGUGACUCGUGUAUCUUGUCCACUUCCUGGUUAUGUAAUCACAUGGUUCCAGGUGUUGUAAUAUCUGUUUCAUCAAACGCAAUAAAUGCUGCAAUUCGACCGUCAAUAGGGGUGGAAUAUUUGGCCAACAUUUCGUUUGCGAACGUUGGAUUCGGAACUUGGAGCCAUAUUGCCGUCACGUGGAACAAGAAAGAUGGAAUGGAAUUGUUUAUAAACGGGUCAACUGCUGAAACUAGCAGUAGCAUUGUAAAUAAGAAGAACAACACAGCAUUGUUCGCAAAGUUAAGGUUCGGAUACUUUGUUUCAUAUGCGAAACUGAAAAUGGACGAAGUGAAAAUUUGGUAUCGAAAAUUAUCCCUGACCGAGGUAGUACAGUCUAUGUAUCACGUUAAUUGGACAGCAACGACGACUGAGCCAGAUAUCAUAACUACCGUAUCAUCUUCAAUUGCUCCUGCAUCCUUGAUGUAUUCUACCACCCCAACAUCAGAAACAACUUCAUACCAAUCGCGAACCAACUCAACAGAACUUACUACGACUGCAAUAAAACCUACGGGAUCGAACAGUUACCGUUACGCGAUUCUUGCCGGCUGUAUUGUCGCAAUAUUGGUGGUUCUAUUUAUUCUGCUUCUGCUCUGGCGCCGCAACCAAGCAAAGAAAAGAGGUUUUCUUGCUGUACCGAACGAAAGGACGACUACAAGCGUUAUGUCCGACCAUAGUUUUUCGUUGUAAACGAGUAAACAAUUUUGCAUGAAAAUUAAUGUAACUUAAUUAUCCUCGCGUGAACGGCAAUGUUUUACUUUGGAGGUAAUCAUUUUUUUUUCUGUUUCUCAACUUUCGAAUUCGUAAACUCUCGUUGUUUUGAUGGGGGCGGGGCGCUUUAUAACCGCAACAACCAAAUUGAUUUCUUAAAUAGAGACUAUAGGUAUAGUAUAUAAGCCCCAUAUGACUUUCCAAAUUCCUUGGGUGUAUUUUGCAGUUGGACUAUACCAAUAUACAUUUUGAAAAAGUGACUAUAUGAUUUUAAAUCUGUUCCCGAGAAUACCUUCUUAAAUGCUCCGCCAUGUUUGGUCCCUAAAACCACAUUUAUAACAUCUGAAAUUAUCCGUUUCUGUUCAUAUGUUUUUAAUAAAUAGAUAACUUUUUUCUUUGAGUUUUUUUCAGUUUGACCCGGUUUUUUUUGUGCACGGCAAUGUAGUUUUUUAUUUUAAUUUGUGAUUAUUUCGGCGGUAUAAUAGGAUGAAUAAAAAUGU